CGGCCAUGAAAACAUCUCGCCAACCAACCUUCCAAGAACUCCUCGUCGUCCCAGAAACCGCUAAUCGCAACCAUGUCGCACUCCACCCAGACUUUAACGAGAACGGAGACGUCCUCAUCGUUUGCACCGAGGGCGAGCAGCAGGUCGGCUUCCUCGUCAACGGCAGCAUGAUGCGCAUGGCAAGCCCGGUACUCACCGAACUGCUCGGACCGCCGGAACCAGGCCCCCCAAAGAUCCUUAGAGUCGACGACAGCGUGCACGACAUGCAUGCCUUCCUCCGUCUUCUCCGCUUUGCCGCACCCUCGUCUGGCUUUCCACCCCCCUUCGAUCCCAACAUCUCCCAGUACGCAGGCAUCCAUCGCCUUGCUCUCAAGUACAAUGGGUGGUAUCCCCGCGCCGUCCUCGACUUCCACGUCGAGCUACAUGCCGCCCAAAUCGUCGAUGACCUCGGACCGGACGCGACAAAGCAGGACGUCUUCUCUCUUCUCCGCCUCGCACACGCCCUCCACUCGAGCUACCUCUGGAGCCAGGUGUGCGAUCGUCUGCGCUUUAACAAGUGGUGGCACGGGAUCCUCAAUCCGUGGCAGUUUAGUGAGGAGGACGCAGCCGCUCUCGGACCAAGUAUCCACUCGAUUUUGUCAAUCCUUGCGAGCGUGUCGUCUCGAACUCGUCUCUACUCGAAUCUUGAGGAGCUGUGUGUGCUCUACACCGACGAAGGCGAAGUGAGCGUCGCCGCCGCUGAGCGGCCGUCGGGAGCGUGCCCCUGCGGCGCCACCCGCUUUGCAUGACACCGACCAACCUGUACCAACCGAUUCCAACACUGUCGCACCCGGCCCAUUCUUCCCUAACCCGACCACAUAGAGUAUAAUCCGUCACAACAGCACCAGCACCAUGUACCAUACCUCUC